AUGGCUCUAGGACCUCGUUCUCACGAAACUGGUACUUCGUUUUACCAAUACGACCCAUCGUUGGCCGUUGCAAUUGUUACCGCUGAUCUAUACGGUAUUGCAUUUAUUCUCACCUUUGUCCAAUGGAUUCGAUACAAGUCAUGGAUUUGGGCAGUCAUGGUUUUGGCAGCAGCGAUGGAGGCUGUCGGCUAUAUCGGGCGCUGCAUCUCCACACAAAAUGUGACUGAAAAGCCUAUCUAUGUGCUUCAAUUUUCGCUCAUUAUUCUGUCACCGGUCCUGAUGGCCGCCUGUUGUUACAUCUUAUUCAGUCGCAUUCUUUUCCUGGUCGUGCCUCGGGAAUCCCGCACAUUGCGCCUGUGCUGGGUUCCUCCACGUUUUAUCACUCCCAUUUUCGUUGGCUUUGACAUUGUGGCCCUUCUUCUCCAACUCAGUGGAGCCAUCAUGAUAUCUUCCGCCAGCCCUGGCGAUUCGGAUAGUGCUGAUAAGGUCGACAAGGGGAAAGGAAUUGCCAUGGCUGGUGUCAUUAUUCAACUUAUAGCCUUUGGACUAUUCUCAGUUGCAGCCGUGCGAUUCAACUUCACUUCGAAGAGAUUCUCCAAGGAACUUGAGCAGCGAUAUGAACAAGUAGGGGAGAAAGAAUACAUCAUUGAUGGAAGGGUCAGGAACAGACACUGGCCUGCUCUGUUGCGAGUUGUAAAUUUGACCACUCUGCUAAUUUUAGCUCGUUCUAUCUAUCGUCUUGUGGAAUUCUCUGAGGGCUCCGGUGGGUACACCAAUAAGCAUGAAUGGCCGAUGUAUGUUUUUGAUGCGCUUGUCAUCUAUCCUUGUGUCGCAUUAUUUGUCUACUGGCACCCUGGCAAGUACUUGCCGCAUCUUGGAUUGCGCCUGCCUAAGGAAUCUCGUUAG